GCGCAUCAUACCUGGCCAUCAGUCCAUCCAGUUUUUUGACAAGUUCAUUAUGUCAGAAACCAUUCCAGAGGACAGCCAGAUGUCAAUUAUGGACCUACCGAUGGAUAGAUGGAUGACCCAUCUGCCAAGUGAACUAUGGGACAUCCCUUUGUGGAAUCUGGCCAUUCCAGGAAGCCACAAUGCUAUCACAUACUGUUUGGAUACAAACAACCGUUCCCCAAUUGACCUUAAACAGCCUGAUAUGCUCCAGAAGCUGGACAAGUACAUGAAGCCCAUCAUACGGCCGUUUGUUUACAAGUGGGCUGUGACACAGGAGUGCAGCGUGCGGGAGCAGUUAGAUUGCGGUGUACGAUACUGUGAUCUGAGGAUAGCUCAUCGGCCCAACGACAGCUCGUCUGAUCUGUACUUCUACCAUGGAGUUUACACCACUCUUACAGUAGAGACAGUACUGAAGGAGAUCCGAGCAUGGCUGGAUGCCCACCCUAAAGAGGUAGUCAUCCUGUCGUGUAGUCAUUUUCAGGACCUCAGUCAGGAGCUUCACACACUGCUCAUCUCUACAUUGAAGAAUGUGUUCAACUCAAAGCUGUGUCCUAAAACGGUACCUGUCACACUCAGGAAUUUGUGGAGUUUUGGUUACCAGGUGAUUAUCUCAUAUGAGAACACCAUAGUCAACUGCCACAACGAGCUGUGGCCCCAUAUUCCCUACUGGUGGGCCAACAAAUGCAAAGCAGAAGCACUGAUCGAGGAGUUUGAGCACAGAAAACAACAAGGCCGUCCAGAUGGCUUCUUUGUGACAGGCAUCAAUCUCACAGAGGAUCUGAAGUACAUCUGUUCUCAUCUCACCGAAUCGUUAAAGGACAUGGUAAUGUCCACGUACCCAACAUUGCUCAGCUGGGUAAGAGAGCAGAGACCUGGAUCUUUCACCGGAUGUCUCAAUAUCAUAGCUGGAGAUUUUGUGACGGAAGGACAGUUCAUACCCACUGUUAUAGCACUAAAUAAAUAUCUACUCAGGGGUACAUAUCCAUGA